AUGCGAAAAGCAGAGGCGAGAGAACUGGCAGGAGGAGAGAAGACACUGGUCGGGAUGAAUGAGGACGUGGUCUGCUGCCACCGUCAAGCCGGCAUGGAGACUUAUUCACCCGAAAAUAGGCAUCACGUCAUCGUGUACAUCGGUCGAACUCUACCAAUCUACCAAUCGUGCAAGCCCGCUCUUUCACCUUCCUCGCCCUCCUCCAGCCCCAUUGCAGCGAAACUCCAAAAUACUCGUUUUGCUUGA